AUGGAUGCCGAACAAAAUAUGCCUUCCGUUGAACAAGUUCAACAAAACUGCGAUUUCCAAUGUGAUACUAGUGGCUCAGAUAUUCCUGGUCCUGUUAGCGCAGAUAUUCCUGGUCCUGUUAGCGCAGAUAUUCCUGGUCCUGUUAGCGCAGAUAUUGCUUCUGUUAGCGCAGAUAUUGCUUCUGUUAGCGCAGAUAUUGCUUCUGUUAACGCAGAUAUUCCUGCUUCUGUUAGUUCAGAUAUUCCUGCUUCCAGUGACCCUCCGACAGUCGAUGGUGGUAAUGCUGACGCCAGAAAAUUAUUCGUCGGAGAAAUGCAUUUCCAAACCGGUGAAAAAGAAUUACGUGAGCACUUUGGACAGUACGGUGAGAUUGAACAUAUCAAAAUCACAACAGAUCCCGUUACGGGACGGUCAAGAGGCUUCGCUUUCAUCGUGUUCAAAUCGGUUGAAGCACUGAGCAAAGUUGAAGUAGCCGGCGAUCAUAUUAUCAACGGCAAAAAAGUUGACCCCAAAAAGGCGAAGGGUAGACAGGGCAAAAUCUUUGUUGGUGGAUUAACGGCUGAUCUCACCGAUGACGACAUCAAAUCUCAUUUCGCGCAGUUUGGAACCAUAGCGGACACUCAGAUGCCGUUCGACAAGGUAAAAAACCAAAGAAAAGGAUUUUGUUUCAUAAUUUUCGAAUCCGAACAAGUAGUUAGAGACUUGAUUAAAAAUCCGAAACAAACAAUUAAGGGUAAAGAAGUCGAUGUGAAGAGAGCCAAUUCUAAUCAAAUGAGUGGACCAAUGAUGGGAGGACGAGGAGCGCGAGGUGGUAUGCAAGUAGGCCGCGGUGGUAUGCAAGUAGGCCGCGGUGGUAUGCAAAGAGGACGCGGUGGUGUGCGGGGAGGCCGAGGUGGCAGAGGGGGUUUUGGAGGACCGGGUUUUAAUCAUAGCCAACAAGGGUUCGGCAGCGGCUAUGAAAAUGCCGGUGGAUACGGACCAGCUUUUGACUACUAUGAAGGAGCUGCUUUUGGGGGCUAUGGCCAAAGGUACCAACCGUACUGA